AUGGGGGGGGCUUUAAGGGACCCAGACAGUGGAAGGCCGUGAGUAGGGAGGAUUGUCCAGGAUUCUAGGCCUGCAGGGUGAGAAUCCCAGAACCUUCCCCUCUGGGGGAGGGGCGGCAGGGAGAAAGGCAUUUGGGGGGGGGCAGCUUGAAAAGCACCCCAACUUCUUGUCUCUUUCCCUUGCAGCUCCUGCAAAGCUCCAGCACCGGAUCGAAAGGGUGGGGCGGCUGCUCCUUCUUCACGCCCCACGAGGAGAUCCAGACAGAUAUCUGACUCUCAGUUGCUUCCCCCCCCCCUCACCUACCCACUCAGGAUCUCCCAUGGAAUGGCCGGUCCUCCUUUGACUCUGCCGCUGGAGGGGUCGCCCCCCCCACCUCCCCGAAGGAUGUAACACGCCCUCGGUUUCGGGGGGGUGGCAAGAGAGGGGGGGCUGCAGUAGUGGUGGUGCGACACCCCCUCCCUCCCUCCUCUCUCUUUCUCUCUCUGCAGUCUGGUGGGAGGGGGUGGGCAUGAUGGCUGCUGCUGCUUCCUAGCUGGUGAAGAUGGAGAAAGCUGUGAGCAACCUCAGCUCCAUCGUGCCGGCUUCGCGGCUCACGCCGGCCUUCCCACCCGCCGUCAAGUUGGGCCUGACGACGCUGUACACGACUUUGUACGCCUUGCUCUUCUUCUCGGUUUACGCCCAGCUCUGGCUGGUGCUCCUCUACCGUCACAAAAAGUUCAGCUACCAGACCGUCUUCCUCUUCCUCUGCCUCUUCUGGGCCGCCCUGCGCACCACGCUCUUCUCCUUCUACUUCCGGAACACGCUCAAGGCCAACCACCUGCACCCCUUCUUCUUCUGGCUCUUGUACUGCUGCCCCGUUUGCCUCCAGUUCUUCACCCUGACCCUCAUGAACCUCUAUUUUGCCCAGGUGGUUUUUAAAGCCAAAGCGAAAUAUCGUCCUGAACUGAUCAAAGGCCUGUUGCUGGUGCGAGGGGCGUGCUUUGGGGCCAGCGUCCUCUUCCUGGCGGUGAACGUGGCGUGCGCCGUGCUGGUGCGGGCAGGCCAGGCUGAGCCCUGGGCGGUGGUCCUCGCUCGAGUUCUCAUCAGCGACUCGCUGUUCGUGCUGGGAGCCGUCUCGCUCGCCCUCUGCCUGUUCCUCGUGGCCCGUGGCUCCCCCUCGACACGCAUCUACCUGGAAGCCAAGGGCACUACGCUGUGCCAGACGGCGGCCAUGGGGGGAACCAUCGUCCUGCUCUACGCCAGCCGCGCCUGCUACAACUUGGCAGCUUUGGCCCUUUCGUCCCGCACGCGGCUUGACUCCUUCGAUUACGACUGGUACAACGUCUCCGACCAGGCCGACCUCAUAACCGAUCUCGGGGACCAAGGUUAUAUCGUUUUUGGACUCAUCCUCUUCGUUUGGGAGUUACUGCCCACUUCGCUGCUGGUGGGAUUUUUCCGGGUGCAUCGGCCGGCUCAGGAUAUGAGCGCCAGUCGGGUCUUCAACCGUCAGCUCGGUGUCUCCCGUUCUUAUUUCUUCGACUAUCCUGGGCAGCGAGAAAACGAAGGACUGACUAGCAGCCUGACCGGCGGACGAAGCAACAGCGGGACCUGCUACGGCUCGAUCAACCGCAGUGGGGAGCACGACUGGUUCGGCGGCCACCCGCCCACCGCCCCCCUUCUGUUCUCGCAGGCGGCCGCCUCCGGCAGCCAUCAUCAUCACAGCCUUUACUCCACCCCGCAGAACUGAGGCACGGAGGUCGGACGGGAGGGCGGCCUUCCCCCCCUCCCCCGCGCGCCCUUCCCACACACACUUAAUGCUGCACACUUGUCUCCUGCGUGUAUAAAUGAGUGCCGGGUUGCGGGGGGGUGGGGGCAAGAAGGGGAGACAACCGGCAUGCAAACAGGGUACUAGAUCCACACCACCCCGUUCCCUUCCCCCCCCCCCCUUUACAUCCCUCGCUCCCUUCCCUGAAUUUUAGCCCGAAAACCUAGGCUCCAUCCUUUAAUUCUGGAGCUGGUUGGUGAUUAUUAUUUUCUUUUUGCUGGAACCCCUUGAAUUUCCCUUAAAUAUUUAACCCAUAGUAUAUCGAGAACACUCGCACUUUAAACGACAUGGGGGGGGGGGGCUGCGCGUUUUAUCUUUGGUGUUGUUGAAAGCAGAUUUCUGUGAAAUGGGCAGAGGGGCAUUCUCUUUUUUUUUCUCUCCCCUCCCUUCUCUCCCCCUUUCUCUACCUCCUCCUUUCCCCCCCCCCUCCCUCAAAAAGUAGCCGGUAGCUGCCGUACGAUUCGGAAUAAGCUUCUGUGCACUUCCGCUAGACACUUUCGCCGUUAUUGGUGCUAUAUCAUCGCUUGCCCCUUCCAAUAAAUGGAUUUUGUGUUAGCGACA